CAGGAACUCACGGGUGAAGAUGCGGUAGAUUUUUUCAGAAUGUCAGGUCGAGAAGAUUCGGUAGGCAACUUCCGCCUGCUGCUACAUUCGGCCAUUGUGGUUGCGAACGAGUAUGGACAGCCCGUUGGACAACAAUUGCAUGAAGACGAAGCACCAGUAGCCAAAGCCCCUCGCCUCGACCGUCAAGAACAGGAUGAGGAAACCGCGCCGCGUUUACGGGAACGAAUUCUAGAACUAGAAAAGAGAGAAAAGAACCGAAAGGCAGAACCGGUGGAGGCAGUCCUGAGGAAGGAAUCCCCCCCUACUAUCUCACUGGGGCACUUUAAGCCAGAGAUUCCAGAAUGGGAAUAUGCGGUGAAAUUUAAUCCAAUUGCUGCCGAAAAGGUCAAGAGGUAACAGGCGUCUUGGACUACCAUUGGGGAAACUUCUCCUGACUUCACAGCUCAACAAUUCAAACUCAAUCAGGUUGUAAAUGAUGCAUUACUUCUACAAAAAACUCCGGUGCCUUUGGACACUUUGCCUUUAAGGGACCCUGAACACUUUGUCGCUGGACAAUUGCAUCAAAAUAUUGAACUUUGGAGUUCCAUAAUGAACGAUUUCCCAGAGAGCGAGAUGGUUCACACUUGGUUGGAAAAAGGGGUUGAUGUGCAUUCUUUCUUUAGGCCAUUUAAGGGUGAAUUCAAGGGUCAGAAAUACAAUUCAA